CGGGUGCAUAAUUGCAUCACGUGAAAUCACCUUUUGCAACUGAAUUUUUUUUUCCUUCUGGCAUGCGCCUGUGAGCAUUGACAGGUCCCUGACUGGCCAGAGACCCUGGCUGUGUAGCAAGCCCUGGCCGCAACCAGACCGACAGUGGCGAGGGUCAUGACGGCACCCUCUAGCCCGUCGUGUUCGCCUUCUCCCUGUCUCACCAGACCUCUCCAGCCCUCCAGCUGGUGGUGACCCCCACCACCGUCGCAAAAACGCCUUCCUGUACUAAGUGUGGUUCCCGAAAAGAAAUUCCUCCGGCGAACGGCGAUGCUUCCACUAGCACGAGAUGGCCGCGAAACGACACUAUAUAUACCCUGCAGACCCUGUGUUCAAUAGUCACUCUCACACUAGUCAUGGGUAUCACCGAUUUCUACAAACACAAUUCGUCUGAAAAGGUGCCUGAGGACACCGUCGACAACGUGUCGGCGUUGUCGUCCGACAAGGAGGCUGCUGUGGUCCAGUUGGACCAGAACAAGAAGAACAUCGGCUACGUCUCGGCCACCUUCCUCAUGCUUAACCGUAUGUUGGGUGCGGGUGUGUUCUCGACUGGUUCCACCAUCUUCUCGCUUUCGGGAUCUGUGGGGACCUCGUUGAUGAUGUGGUUCGCCGGUACCAUCAUCGCCUUCUCCGGCUUGUUGGUCUACAUGGAAUUGGGAUCUGCUUUGCCCAGAAACGGUGGAGAAAAGAACUACCUCGAGUACAUCUACAAGAAGCCCAAGUUUUUGGUUACUGCCAUGUACGCCUCCUACGUGUUUUUCUUGGGUUGGGCUUCCGGUAACUCCAUUGUCACCGGUGAGUUCAUCUUGAACGCUGCUGGCAAGGAGGUCACCCAGUGGAACUCCAGAGGUAUUGGUAUUGCUGUCAUCACCUUCUCGUUCCUUAUCAACGGUCUCCAUGUCAAGUCCGGUUUGUUUGUGGCCAACAUCUUAGGUACCUUCAAGGUGGCUAUUGUGUUGUUGAUCACCGUCACCGGGUGGGUGGCCUUGGGUGGAGGUAUUCACAGCAAGUACUUCGAACCUACCCACAACUUCAACGAUGCCUUCAAGGGAGAAAGUCCUUCUGGUUUCGGUAUUGUCAAUGCCCUUUACAACGUCAUCUGGUCGUACGUCGGUUACUCCAACGCAAACUACGCCUUGGGUGAAAUCAAGAACCCUGCCAAGGUCUUGAAGGUUGCUGCCCCCACUGCCUUCAUUUUCCUCGCCAUCAUCUACAUGUUCGUUAACAUUGCCUAUUUCGCAGUCGUUCCUACUGAAGAUAUCCUCACUUCCAAGAGAAUCUUGGCCGCCACUUUCUUCAAGUACGCCUUUGGUGACACUGCUGAAAAGGCUGCUUCUGUGUUCGUUGCCUUAUCUGCUUGGGGUAACGUCAUGUCUGUGAUCUUCUCGCAAGGUAGAAUCAUCCAAUCUUUGGGUAGAGAAGGCUCCUUGCCAUUUUCCAGAUUUUUUGCAACCUCGAGACCAUUCAACUCCCCAUUCGUGGGUUUGUUCCAACAUUGGGUUGUUUGUGUCAUCACCAUCGUUGCUCCUCCACCAGGUGAUGCUUAUAACUUCAUUUUGAACUUGAUUUCCUACCCAUUGAAUGUGGUCAACACCGUUAUCGCUGCUGGAUUAUUGUAUGUCCACUGGCAAAAGUACAAGGGCUUGAGAGAAUGGAAUCCUCCUCUCAAGGCUACUGUCCCAGUUAUCAUUUUCUUUUUCCUCUCGUCCUUAUACUUGAUUGUUGCUCCUUACAUUCCUCCAGUCCAUGGCCAAAAGGUCUACAACAGCUUGCCAUACUGGAUUCACGCAGUUGUGACUUGGGGUAUCUUUGGUGUUGGUUUCGCUUACUGGCUCGUCUGGGUUAAGAUCUUACCAAGAAUUGGUGGUUACAGUUUGGUGGUCAAGGAAGUACUUGGUGAAGACGGUUUCUGGAGAAACAAGAUUUACAAAAUUUCCAAUGACGGUUCUGAUUCAGAAAUCACUGUACAAGACGAAGACCUCGUCGAUGAAGACCCAACCAAGCCGAAGUAUAUCUAAAUGCAUCAAGCCAAAAAAAAAGAGGUAUAACUUACCAUGUUUGAUUCUCUCUUGGUUUUUAUGACUUUUUUUCCUAGUUAAAAAGUCCUUUGUGCUUUAUUUCCUAUUUUAUAGACCAUUUUAGGGACCUCAACACUUUUCAACACCUGCUGGUGUCCCUAAUCAUAGCUAAUCACUGUGUGUGUUCAACAGAUAUUCACUUCUAAAAAUAAA